UAAAGUUUUUAUCUAUUUUUUUAUUUCAUGCGAACAUAAAAUUUUGUAUAAAUUUGGAGAAAUUUAUUGCGAAGACCACAGUUAAGUUUUCAGUCUUACAUCAGCUAUUAUACGCAAAAUGUCUAAUCCAACUAAUAGGAAAGCGUUAGAAUUGCUUUUCGAACGUCCACUUGAACCGGUCUUCACAGCUCGUGACGACGGCAAGGCUGUCUUCGAUAUACCCGAUAGCUUCUACAGCGAACAGUAUUCCGACGUAAAGGAAGACAUUCUAUCGCGCUUUAGCGAAGAUGUCGACAUAAAGAUCCCGUUACGUGAAUUAACCAAAAAGCCCGACUUGACUUUUACAAAGCCCGUUGGAAAGCGUAAGCAAUUUUCGCUUUUCAAUAGCUUACAUCGUUCAAUAGCUGCCCGAUUAAUUGAUAUUUUGUUGAAUGCCGAGACCGAAGAAUUAUUCAUUGCCACGUGCGCUUAUGUCAAGGAUCGAGUCAAUCCGUUUCUAUUUCAAUAUUGCUAUGCGGUCGCUGUCCAGCAUCGUAAAGAUACUAAAAACUUUGCAAUCAAACCAAUUGCUGAGAUGUUCCCUCAAAACUUCGUUGAGCCAGCCGUUUUCAAAGAUGCUCGUGCCGAAGGUGAAUUGGUUCGCAAUACCGGAGAUAGACGUCACAUUGAUAUUCCACGCAAUUACACAGCUUCGGAUCGUGAAGAGGAACAGCGUAUGAGUUAUUUCCGUGAGGAUAUUGGGGUUAACAGUCAUCAUUGGCACUGGCAUUUAGUUUACCCUGGUUAUGGCGCUGAUGAGAUUGUAAAGAAGGAUCGCCGCGGUGAACUAUUCUAUUAUAUGCAUCAUCAAAUCAUUGCCCGCUACAAUGUCGAACGUUUUUGCAACGGUCUCGCAAAGAUAAAAAUUCUGAACAAUAUUAGAGAGCCGAUUGCCGAGGGUUAUUUCCCAAAAAUUAUGAGCAGUUUAAACAAUCGCACUUAUCCCGCCCGUUCUGCGUUUAGCAAAUUGCACGACAUCGAUCGCGAGGAUGCCAAGUUAGAAAUCGCUGAUCUGGAACGCUGGGCGAAUCGCAUAAUACAAGCAAUCGAUCAAGGUUUCGUAACCGAUACUAAAGGUAACAACAUACCCUUGGAUCCGAAGAAGGGGAUCGAUAUUCUCGGAGAUAUCAUAGAAUCCACACAAUUGUCAAUUAAUCCUCAAUUUUAUGGCAGUCUACACAACGAAGGACACAAUGCGAUUUCAUGCUGUCAUGAUCCUGAUUCACGCUUCCUUGAAGAUUUCGGUGUAAUGGGCGAUGUGACUACUGCUAUGCGUGAUCCCAUUUUUUAUAGAUGGCAUGGCUACAUUGAUAGCAUCUUCAAUCGCCACAAAGAACUUCUCUCGCCUUAUGAAGAUGCCGAUCUAGCAUAUCAAGGCAUUCAUGUUUCGAAAUUUGAGGUUCGCAUUCAAACCGCCAGUCAAAAGGCCAGCCCCAACACCUUAUUGACUUAUAUGGAGAAAUCGGAUGUAGAUUUAGCAGCCGGUUUAGAUUUUGGCCCAAAAGGCAAUAUAUACGCCACUUUCACUCACUUACAGCACGCACCAUUCGAAUAUGCUAUUAAUGUCAAUAAUGCGGAAAAUGUACCAAAGAGGGGAACUUUUCGCAUAUUCAUUUGCCCGAAAUCUGACGAACGGGGCACACUCUUAACCUUAAACGAACAACGAUUACUCGCAAUCGAAUUAGAUCGAUUCACCGAAACUUUGGUACCUGGUAUGAAUAAUAUACACCAAUCGUCGAAUAGUUCAAGCGUUACCAUUCCAUACGAACGCAGUUUCCGUAGGCUUGGGCCAAAAUAUCAGCCCACUGACGAACGUCAGCUCGCUGAAUUCCGUUUCUGUGGAUGCGGUUGGCCUGAGCAUUUGCUUUUACCAAAGGGCAGACCCGAAGGCAUGGCUUUUGAUCUUUUUGUUAUGAUAUCGGAUUACACCGGAGAUGAAGUUCAACAAACCCAGGAUCAGCCAAGCGUAUGCGGCGAUUCGUCAUCGUUUUGUGGUUUGAAAGAUAAACUCUAUCCGGACAAUCGCAGUAUGGGCUAUCCGUUCGAUAGACGUUUGCCUGAAAAAUCUUUGGGGGAACUUAUAAACAAGUUCCCGAACAUGUCAAUGAUAGAUGUCGUUAUACGUUACAAUGACGUAAUCGUUGACAGGAAAUCUUAAUCAAAAGAAUAAAAGGCGACAAAAGAUUCAUGGAUUUCGACCCCUAGCUAUUACGUUUAGAUUGCCUCU